AUGCUGCCCGUAACAUCCUUCUUUCGAAUCUUCAAACGUACGGUUGUUACCAAUCGGCCGAUGCUCACUAAACUACUGAAUCGACACAAGAGUCAGGACACACCAACGCGUCCACAAGAAAAUACUGCAACGGCGAGAUCUGGUGCAACGGGGCAGAUGGACCGGUCGGCUCUCAGCGGCGGUCUCUUUGCAAACACUCCCCCACUUCCACUCGAGGGGGCUCCUCUUCCGGUCAUUGAUAUGUAUAUCGAGCCUGCCACUAUCAGAUGCCGGGCAGGAAUGGACAUGAACUGGGGUACCAACUGCCGAGCGUCCAGUGCAGCCGAUCUCUGUCUGUACUCGUUAGUCCACGCACGGCGCGCCAGUCCAUGUGGGAAGCAGGCAUUGAUGGUUUGUGAGAGUUCGACCGACAUUGAUACCAUUUUGAUACGAGCCAAGGGCCAAGGGCGAGUUAGCAAUGUGACGUAUGCUUUUGGCGUCGCGACUGCCACGACGAACUCGGCAUGUUGGCCGACCUCUGCUGGUGUCACAGAAGACGUGGCAACCACCGAUAUUGCAGGCGCCCCGGAUGGGCAAGAGAGACAGUUUGGGAGGAGAGAAGCGAGGGAGGAUAACGUCACGCGGCAAAUGCAAAAGGGAUGCGAGAGUUGCAACCCCAAACACCCCCUUCACAACCACCGCCAACAACAAAAGAGCCAGAGCAGGCCCCGAGGCCAGGCCAGAGGAAACGCGCAUACUGGCAUACUCAGCCGCUACGAGGACACCACCACUAUUACCACCAUCACCGCCGCCACCGUCGCUGCAAGGCGCACUUCAUACCCGGCCUCUUCUCUGCUGGAAACCACAGCGCUCCUCUCCGAUGGCCGGCCCGGCAUGUCGCUGUUGCGCGCUGGCUGGCUCGGCCAACUUUUUUUCUUCUGA